UCUGUUAACUUGACCAUCUUUUCAGUGAUGAAACAACGUUGGGAAUUAUGGACAAAAACAUUGGGGAGCAGCUUAACAAAGCUUAUGAAGCCUAUCGACAAGCAUGCAUGGAUAGGGACCAUGCUGUGAAAGAACUACAGCAAAAAAAAACCAGAGAACUACAUGCAGCAAAUACGUGAACAGCAGGAAAAGAUAGAGCUUCAAAACAGCAUUAUUGCAAAACUGAAAUCGCAGUUAGCUGCUCUGAAUGCUAAUAGAGGUAAUGUACAUCCCUACAUUCUGAUGCAUGAAGAUAUUGAAACCUCCAACUUAUGUUUCAGCCAGCUCUCUGAAAAACUGAACGUAGCAAAGCGAAGAGAAAAAGUCUUAAAGGAACAGUUAGAAAGUGAGAGCAUGAAGGUGAAGCAACUUGAGGACAAAAACAAUCAAAAGGAAAGAAAGUUUAUAUCUAUUAUUUCCAACAAAGACAACAAAAUAAGAACUCUGGAAAGCAAAUUGAAAGAAUUAAAUGAAGCACAGAAGGGUAUGCAGAUGCCAGCAUACAAAAGGGAGGUGAAAAGUAAGAAAGUUGUUCCAGAUAAGCCUGAAUUAUCUCUAGAGAUCUCUGGUAUUUCUCCUAUGCCUGAAAGGGAGAAUCUGGAGACUAUUUUCCAGGACAUGAAAGAAGAGUGUCACCGAAUAUGUAUGCUAGCCAGAGAACAAACAGACCAACUGAGUAAAUUUAAGAUAAAGCCAGAACCUGAAACUGAAAUUCAGUUUUCCAUGCCGAUACAGUGUACUGAUAAAACUGAUGAACAAGCAGAAGAGCUUUUUAAGCCUCGGGUUAUAAAGGAUAUAAAUAGAGGUGCAUCAUGCAUCACAUCUAUCACACCAAGAGGAGUGGGCCAAGAUGAGGACAACAACUCUGUAGAAUCACUUUCUAAAUUUAAUGUCAAGUUUCCACCUACAGACAAUGACUCUGCUUUCUUGCAGAGCACUCAGGAAAAACCAACAGUUCCUUGUACUGGUAUAGCCGAAAACAUGCUUCAAGAUCAUAAUUUUAACCUGGAGCACAGAGACCGUGCUGUUAACCCCAGUAAAUUGGAACCUAACUCAUUUGAAGCUCAUGGAGUCGAUCUUAUGACCUCAGCUUUACAAAGCUUAACUCCUGUUGACAAAACAAACCCCCCAAAUCAUGCAAACAUGCCCAUAGAAAAUAUCCAUGACAAAACAUGUUUAAAAACAACAGACACUGGUUUCACGUUUGUACCUAAGCACACAAACCAGGGUGUACCUGAAGUAAUGUUUUCUUCAGAAGUUGCGGGGACAACCGUCAGAGGUCCUCAUCAGCUCAUUUGGCAGCCUCGAGACAAUGAGUUGCUGGCACAAGCUUAUACAGCCUCUGAACUGAAUCAGUGUGGAAUAUGUGAAUUCUGUCAAGAAGUUUUCCCACCAUCUAUAACAUCUAAGGAAGAUUUUCUUCGGCAUCUGAAUUCCCACUUUAAAGUACAGUCUUAAUGUAUGAGAAUUCAAUGGAUCACUGUUUUUGCAUACAUUUGUGGGGUUUUUAUUCAAUAGAUAUGCUAAGAAUUUAAGAAUUAAGACUUUUUGUAACAAGAACUCAUGACUGAAAUUAUGUGUCAGAUAAGCACAUUUUAAUUGUCCUUUGACGAGGCAAAAUGAAACUGUAAGUCACUAGUACUGUAAUUGCAUUAUUGCUUGUUAUGCUUCAAUAUUACCUUUGAGAGUGAUGUUAAACAGCUUUUUUUUUUUUUUUUCCAAUUAAUCAUUGCCUGAAUAGGCCCAAAGUCAUGAUUAUAUUUAUGAGUGUAGACUUGCAGGAUUAAUGCUUUAAUCUGGCUGGGGAAAUUGGAGUAAUGCUAGGAUUUUUUUUUCUCAAUAUCCAGUGAUGUGAUUAUGUUCACCUUGAAGUAAACAGGAAGAGAAGCAGGGUCUCAUUUUUCACUUCUGUUAUAAAAUU